ACAGGGUCAGGUACUUAGUGAGGGGAGUAAGGUCUGGGAUAGUAGUGGUGCGAAGGGCCGAGGGGCCUCUACAGGCUCAUAUAGUUAGUGAGGGGAGUACAUCCCGGGAUAGCAGCGGCCUUAAGGGCCGAGGGGUCUCUACAGGGUCAGAUAGUUAGUGAGGGGAGUAAGGGCCGGGAUAGCAGUGGCCCUAAGGGCCGAGGGGCCUCUACAGGCUCAGAUUUUUUGUGAGGGGGCUCGGCCUGGGAUAGUACUGGUUUGAGGGGCCGAGAGGCCGCUAAAGGUUCAGGUACCUGGUGGGGGAGAGGGACGCAAGGACUGGGAUAGUAGUGGUUUGAGGGGUCGAGUGGCCUGUAGAGGCUCAGGUAGAUUGGUGAGGAAGGGGUCAAAGCCUGGGAUAGUAAGGACCAAGGGGCCUCCAGAGAGAGAGAGGGAGGCCCUGGUGAAGAAGGGAGGCCCGAGUGACCUGGGAUAGUAGUGGUCUGAUGGGCCGAGGAGCCUCUAGAGGCUGAGUCACCUGGUGAGGGAGAGGGGGGGGGGGGGGCAAGGCCUGUGAGAGGCCUGGCUGGCCUGUGAUAACAGCGGCCCGACGGGCCGAAGGGCCUGCGGGAGAGAGAAAGAGAGGAGAGAGAGAGAGGAGAGAACAUUGAGACGGAAGACUUAAAAGUUGGUGACUGCAGCGACCACAUGGAGAGCGGCGAUUCCUAGUCGGGCCGAGAGAGAGGCCUGGAGGGAGAGGAGAGGCUGGACGGGCCGAGUGGCCUCUGUGAGACGAGAACGCCACAGCAGACAGCAGUGGAGGUCGGGAGGCGAUCGGAAAAGAAUGGCCUUCAGGUAACCGGAGAGACAGGGAUGAUAUCCCCCCCUCGUUUGAGGUGAGGCCCUUCCAUUGGGGUGGAGAGACAAGACACCCCCUCUGUUUUUUGGGCGGCGAAAAGGAGGUGGGGGGGGGGGGGGGGGGGGGGAGGAGGAGAGAUGCUGCUAAGACCAUCCACCUGAGAGACAGAGUCCUCCCUCCUCCUCUGAAGAACAAGAGUGAAGAACACUGGACAGGAACAAGAAGGUCACGAAUGGACGGAGGGGAGUGAGGUCCAGGGAUCGCCGAUUGAGGCGGGGGGCGGGUAUCCGCGACGUUGCCCCCAACGCCCUGCCCCCUGGAAGAUGUCAAGUGGUGUCCAGGAUGCAUCUAUCGGCAGCUUCCUGCAGUACAUCGAGGACAAGGGGCUGAAGGCCUACAGCUCGCUGACGGGCCUGGGCUGCGGUGCCAAAGGACUCAGCCAUUGCCUGCGCCACGAGAUGAACCUCCUGUACCGCAAGACCAAGGUCGAGUGGAAGCAGAGGGACGAGGAGACCAAGAAGAGCCUGUGCCGUGACGGUGGUCUAGCCAGGGUGAGGGAGCUGGCAUCGUUGCGCCGCCACUUCCGCCUGGGUUUCAUGACCAUGCCGGCGUGGCAGGAGCACGGGCCGCACCCCUGCAGCCGGGGCCUGUCCGCCCGCUCCCUGUCCCUGCACUCUGUGGGCAGCACCGAGGCCACCGACACCCCCUGCAGCCGGCAGCCCACCCACCCGGCACGGCACCCGGCCCGCACCAGCAGCACCGGCACCAGCGGCAGCCACGCCGACAAAGGGCACAGCGGUGACAAAGUGCCCCCGAGAGUCAGUACCAAGGGUGGUGAUGGAGGCUUGGGCCACAGAGCCCUUCAGGCCAAGUCCAAGUUCUCCCAGCUCUCUGCCUCCUUCGAUGACCCUUGCCCAGGUCGGCCGGCCCCCGCGCAGCCCAGGGGGGCCCCUCCACCCCCCCGCCGGGCCUCGACGGAGGCGGAGGAGGAAGAGGAGCCGGUCUACAUCGAGAUGGUGGGGGACGUGUUCAAGGGGGCGGGCGAGGCCCAGGGGCCGGACCAGGACCCUGGCCACAGCGUGGAGGCCAUCUACGAGGAGAUGAAGUACCCGCUGCCUGAGGAGGGGGGGCGGGGGGACCACAAGUGGGUCAAGUUCUCCGCGCCCGUGGACUACAAGGCCCCGCACCACUCCGGCCCCCGGGGACCUGCCUACGACAUUCCUCCCCCCUUCCCCAACCUCCUCCUCCACCGGCCCCCCCUCCUGGCCUUCCCCCAGGGCCCGGGCCAGAAGGGGUACCAAGGGGGGCCCUUCCCGUGCCAGCCGGGGCCCAAGGUAACCCUGCCGCCCCCUCACGGCGACCCUCCCCCAACCCCGCGGGACGGAGGGCCCCUUCUGCCCUCGGGGCGGGCCAGGAGCCACUCCACCCCCCUGCCCCCACAGGCCUCGGGCCAGCACAGGCCGGAGAAGGAGCUCCCCACCUCCCAGACCAUGGUCUGCACCCCUUCCAAAGCCCUGGCCCAGUCGCCCCAACCCGCCCCCCUCCCUCACGACGGGGAGAGGGACAAGCUGACCUCCCUCAGCACCGUCAAGGUGACCACCCACCCCCUCCUGGUCCGAGCGGGCUCCUCCGCGGACCAGCGACCAGGCCUGUCGGUGGGGAAGGCCGUCCAGGGCACUAGGCCCGUCUCCGGCCUGUACAAGACCCCCGUGGCCCACGGGCUCCUGGAGAGCGCGGGGCCCAACCCCGGCCCCUCGGCCUGGCCCUACCUCAAGCGGCCCCCGGCCUACGACAGCCUGAGGGCCAAGGGGGGCCCCGCCGCCCACUACUCCACGGUGAAGGUGCAGGGGCAGGAGAGGAUGCCCGUCUGCACCAGCAUCUGCUGCUCCCGAUCGCUGGGCACCACCGCUGAGGCUCGAACCGUCACCGUCACCACCGCCGGCCCAGUGGCCGAGGUACCGGCAGGGCCGGGCCGGGCCUGGCAACGCAAGUUCUCCUGCGGGAAGAAGGCCAAGGAGACGGAAGGUGCCCCUCGAAGCCGGGGAGGGAAUGAAGAGGCUAUGGCCAAGGAGGAGAAGCCCUCAGCCAUGGCGGUGAAAGCUCAGGGGCUGGACGACUCGGGGGUCAAAGGUCCUUCUCGAACCGUAGGGCAACACCCCUGCCCGCUCGUCUGCCAGUGGAGUGCAGACUCUGCCCUCAGCCAGCGUCUCGGCCGAUCUGCCUCCACGUCCGGCGUCCAGCACUCCCUUGCCCAGCUCCAGCGGCAGAGCAGCCUGUCACGAGACAGCCCCACGCAGAGUUUCCAACAGCAGCACGGGUUGAGGGAGAAAGACGGGAAGCUCCUGGAGGUUAUCGAACGCAAGCGCUGCCUGUGUAAGGAGAUCAAGGCGCGGAGGGGCUCUGAACGCAGCUUAUGCAAGCAGGACAGUAUGCCCAUUCUCCCCAGCUGGAGGAAGGGGGUGGACGCUCGCAAACUGGGGACGCCUCCGUGCCAGCGGCAACACGCGGUCCUCUGGGACACUGCCAUCUGACCGCCACCCUCACCUCCUCCGACCAGGAACACUGGGGGAAGGCCAUGGUUGCCCCGGGUAACCACCACCUUUGAACUCCACAGGCCUCAGGCCUAACUCACACUCACCCGGGCCUCCAUUUUUGUCUCGUUGAACUAGGAGGGAGGGUGGACAUGGAGUAGAUCCUAAAAUGGCGGAUCCCCCCCCACCGUCACACGAGGCAGAGCCAAGAUGGCCGUCACGAUGGAGAACAUUGCCGACUGGACUCCAAGGCCGGGAUAUUGGCAGCCAUGACACCAUGGAAGGUGCCACAAUCUGAGCCGCUUUGUUGUUUUUCGGACGGGGCGAAAGACCGGCCCGCCUUUCCGUCGAAGCCCCGUUGACCCCCUCGGUUCGGUCAUCCGAAGGGGAAGACUCAUCCACAAUCCUUCCAACGUGCAGUAGGGCACGGAACGCCGGAGUAACUCAGCGGGGGGGACAGGCGGCAUCUCUGGAGAGAAGGAAUGGGCGACGUUUCGGGUCGAGGCCCUUCUACAGAGUGAGAGUCAGGGGUGUGAGGGAAACUGGAGAUGCGGAAGGGUUAAUCGCGAAAUGGAAGGAGUCGAAGAGCGAAGAGAAUGUAGAUGAGAUCAUUGUUAGGUUGGGGAAGGUGACAACGAGGUAUAUAGAGUAAAAUUUAAUCGGGAUGGAGAGGGGGGGGGGGGAGAGAGACAGCCAGACUGGACAUGUGGAUGCUACCAAUGAAGCUGAGAUGCCAACGCGUGUUGUCACGUGCCAAACUUACUCGGGUGGGGAACGAACAAAGAUUGCUCUUUGGUCUGCCAGCCAGACCCCGUGUUUCCCAGAUGAAGGGGGAACUAACUCCCAAACAUGCCAUGUUGCUUUUCACCAGGAUACGGUUUGGGCGACUGGAGCAGUCCGGGAGAGGGGACGCGCGCCCUCGGGUUGAAGGGUAGCUGCCUCGUGCAGAGAGGGGGAAGGCCUUGACUCGGGGUGGUUGAACCUGUGGAAGGUCGGCAUCCCAAAGCGAUCCUGAUCCCCAAACACGGAGCGUUAAUGGUUCAAGGAACGAUGUGAGGCUUUGGGGUGCUGUCGACUGGCGAGACCCCAGUUCCAUCCCCAUCACAGUGUUUGCUCCCUCUCCCCACGGCCCGCGUGGGUUUCCUCCGGGUGCUCCGGUUUCCGACCAUGCUCCAAAGAUUGGCUUUGGAAAACUGUGCCCGGCAGCUGUAGGCUGGUGCUAUGGGGAGGUUGCCGGUCGGCAAGGACUCGGCGGGCCGAAGGGCCUGCUUCCGCGCUGUUUCUCCGAAGUCUACACAGAAUAUGUGUAAAUGAGGGCUGGAGGGACCGAAUGGCCUUCCCUCCCACUUCUUAAUUGGGCCCGGCCUAAAAGAGAGGACAAGGUGUAGGUGUUUAGCCCAGGUUAAUGAGAGAAGGGGACGGGACCAUGAGGGGUGAGGUGGGAGAUAGGGAUUGGAGAUACAGUUGGAAAGCAGCGAGUCCUCUAGACCCAGACGUCCCGGCCCCACCACAUGUCCCCCACGCACAGGAAACCCCUGACCGGGAUAAUGGCGCUCAUUGGGAACGGGGCAGUGGAUGGGUGGGGGGGCUACGUGAAUGCAAUCAGCAUUCCCCCAGCCGCACCACAUCCCAGCAUUCCCACAUUCCCACAUCACAACAUUCCUACAUCACAACAUUCCCACAUCCCAACAUUCCCGCAUCCCAACAUUCCCACAUCCCAACAUUCCCACAUCCCAACAUUCCCACCUCCCAACAUUCCCAGAUCCCAACAUUCCCGCGUCCCAACAUUCCCACAUCCCAACAUUCCCACCUCCCAACAUUCCCACAUCCCAACAUUCCCACAUCCCAACAUUCCCAGAUCCCAAAAUUCCCACAUCCCAACAUUCCCACCUCCCAACAUUCCCGCAUCCCAACAUUCCCAGAUCCCAACAUUCCCGCGUCCCAACAUUCCCACGUCCCAACAUUCCCACGUCCCAACAUUCCCAGAUCCCAACAUUCCCACAUCCCGACAUUCCCACAUCCCGACAUUCCCAGAUCCCGACAUUCCCACAUCCCAACAUUCCCACAACCCAACAUUCUCACAUCCCGACAUUCCCAGAUCCCGACAUUCCCACAUCCCAACAUUCCCACAUCCCAACAUUCCCACAUCCCGACAUUCCCACCUCCCAACAUUCGCACAUCCCAACAUUCUCACCUCCCAACAUUCCCACCUCCCAACAUUCCCACAUCCCAACAUUCCCACAACCCAAUAUUACCAGAUCCCAACAUUCCCACAUCCCGACAUUCCCACAUUCCCACAUCCCAACAUUCCCACAACCCAACAUUCCCAGAUCCCAACAUUCCCACAUCCCGACAUUCCCAGAUCCCCACAUCCCAACAUUCCCACAUCCUGACAUUCCCACAUCCCAACAUUCCCACCUCCCAACAUUCCCACAUCCCAACCGGUCCUGGUCUCUGCCUUCCCCAGUGAGCACUGGUUCAUCCCACUGCUUCUAGCGACUCACAUGCGCACACACACACACACAGACAGAGACACACGCACACACCUAGACAGGGUCACACACACACAGGCACACACACAGACAUGGGGAAACACACACACACACACACACCUAGACAGGGACACAGACACUGAUGCACGUAAAUAUAUGCUUAUAUGUUCUGUCACAGAUAAACACACUCAAACACACACUCGGACACACACAAACACACUCUCAGACACACUCCCAUGUCCCAAAGUCAUGCGGGUUUGUCGGUCAAUGGGCCCUCUGUAAAUUGCCCCCCUAGUGUGCAGGGAGUGGAUGAGAACGUGGGAUAACACAGACCAGUGUGCGGGGCGAUCGCUGGUCGGCGCAGACUCGGUGGGCCGAAGGGCCUGUUUCGGCGCUGUAUCUCCAAACUAAACACAAGAACUACUGCGAGCGGGUGACCGAUUGUCGGCGUGGACUCGGUGGGCCGAUUUCCACACUCCGUCUCCAAAACUAACCAACCCAAUCGAUUUUUAUUUGCACUGUACACUGAUUGACUCGGGUAGGCCGACAGCCUACUACCGAUCCUGUUGCUAACAAUGAUGAGAAAAAUGUAUUGAGUACGGUUGUUAUGGAGUUGGUUGGUGAGGAAAAUCGUACAUGAAGGUCCUGUCUGUACAGUAAUUUAUUUUUAAUUUAUCUCUUCUGUAAAUGGAGCAAGCUUCAGGAUGCCUUUGUUUGUAAUUAAGUGGAUCAAAUGUGUUCUUACCUUUCCGAUCAUUGUUUCUAAGGCCCAGAAGCCUGGUUUGACAUGGGCUUCUACCCUCUUGGUGAGGCCUAGGAGAGAAGGGACCAGGUAUGGAAGGCCCGGGGAUGUGUCCUUCCAAAAAUGCUUCCCUAGUCUCAAAUUCAAAACUUCUACCCCAGCUGGGACCCCUUUCCCAACCCCCCCACCCUCUCGCGCCGAGCUGGUAGAACCACUGCCUCACGGACCAGAGUUCGAUCCCGGCCUAGGAUGCUGCCUGCCUGUUUGCAUUCUCCCGGUGACCGCGUGGGCCUCCCCUCCCCCACCGCGUCCCAAAGACGUAGGUGAAAUUGGCCCCUAGCGUGCAGGGGAGCAGAGGAGAAAGUGGGAUAACGUCGAACACGUGGGAACGGGCGAUCGAUGGUCGACACCGGCUCGGUGGGCCGAAGGGCCUGUUUCCGAUCUAUAUCUCCAACCAAAAUUGGUGCAGGAGAGUGAAGUCCUUUGUGACUGAUUCGAUACGAGGCAAGAGGGGGGAAUAUUGUGUGGGAAACUUUAACGGCAAAUCGACCAAACUUCUCUCCACGAGGUGCCGACGAGAACAUUGUAAAUAAAAUAUAAAACUGAAAAGCAAAAAGCCAUCGAAUAAACCAGUUGGACAUUUCAUCAGA